AUGAACAAGCUUCGCCGGUCAGAUAUGGCCGAACGGGAAAGAAUACGUACUUGCUUAUCUAUCUAUCUAUCUAUCUAUCUAUCUAUCUAUCUAUCUAUCACAGCCUGUUCUUUAUCUAUCUAUCUAUCUAUAUCUAUAUCUAUCUGUGUCUGUUCAUACUAUCUAUCUGUCUUUAUAACUGUCUCAGGCAUUUCACAUAUCUAUCUAUCUAUCUAUCUAUCUAUCUAUCACAGCCUGUUCUUUAUCUAUCUAUCUAUCUAUCUAUCUAUCUAUCUAUCACAGCCUGUUCUUUAUCUAUCUAUCUAUCUAUCUAUCUAUCACAGCCUGUUCUUUAUUAUCUAUCUAUCUAUCUAUCUGUGUCUGUUCAUACUAUCUAUCUGUCUUUAUAACUGUCUCAGGCUUUUCACAUAUCUAUCUAUCUAUCUAUCUAUCUAUCUAUCUAUCUAUCUGUGUCUGUUCAUACUAUCUAUCUGUCUUUAUAACUGUCUCAGGCUUUUCACAUAUCUAUCUAUCUAUCUAUCUAUCUAUCUAUCUAUCUGUGCUUUUCACAUAUCUAUCUAUCUAUCUAUCUAUCUAUCUAUCUAUCUAUCUAUCUAUCACAGCCUGUUCUUUAUCUAUCUAUCUAUCUGUCUAUCUAUCACAUCUGUUCUUUAUCUAUCUAUCUAUCUAUCUAUCACAGCCUGUUCUUUUAUCAUCUAUCUAUAUCUAUCACAGCCUGUUCUUUAUCUAUCUAUCUAUCUAUCUAUCACAGCCUGUUCUUUAUCUAUCUAUCUAUCUAUCUAUCUAUCUAUCUAUCACAGCCUGUUCUUUAUCUAUCUAUCUAUCUAUCUAUCUAUCACAGCCUGUUCUUUAUCUAUCUAUCUAUCUAUCUAUCACAGCCUGUUCUUUAUCUAUCUAUCUAUCUAUCUAUCACAGCCUGUUCUUUAUCUAUCUAUCUAUCUAUCUAUCUAUCACAGCCUGUUCUUUAUCUAUCUAUCUAUCUAUCUAUCUAUCUAUCACAGCCUGUUCUUUAUCUAUCUAUCUAUCUAUCUAUCUAUCACAGCCUGUUCUUUAUCUAUCUAUCUAUCUAUCUAUCACAGCCUGUUCUUUAUCUAUCUAUCUAUCUAUCUAUCUAUCUAUCUAUCACAGCCUGUUCUUUAUCUAUCUAUCUAUCACAGCCUGUUCUUUAUCUAUCUAUCUAUCACAGCCUGUUCUUUAUCUAUCUAUCUAUCUAUCUAUCACAGCCUGUUCUUUAUCUAUCUAUCUAUCUAUCUAUCUAUCACAGCCUGUUCUUUAUCUAUCUAUCUAUCUAUCUAUCUAUCUAUCUCACUCUGUUCGCAUUCACAUAUGUUAGAGAAAAAUAUGCGCUCUAUUUUUCUUUAA